AUGCAGCAGCAGCAGCAGCAGCAACGGCGGCUCAAACGAGCGUGCCGAAGUGCCGGCUUGCCGCGAGCUGGUGGUUCCCCAACAGUGCAGCAGCAGCGGCACAGCAGCAACAGCAACUGCACAGCAGCAACAGCUGCAGCAAAACUGCAGCAACAGCAGCAGCAGCAGCAGCGGAAGGCUGCCAGCACAGGUGGAGGCAGAAGGAGCAAAGGCAGGCUCCAGCUGCAGCAGCAGGUUGAGGGCCCUCAUAUUGCUGCGGCAUCCACAAGCAGCCGCUGCAGCAGGAGCAGCAGCAGCGGCAGCAGAGGGAGAGAGGUUAGAACCACAGGUGUUCGAGCUCAAGGAGAUUAA